AAAAACCAUUAGCAGCUCUUCUAAGUAUAUACAGCAAUUUCAGUCAUUACGUAAAAAUGGAUACCAAGAACAAUGUUGCAGUUGCCCUGUUUCUCUCGGUUACUCUCCUCUUCUUUAUCCUGGUCAGUGCAUGUGACACUAGUCCGAGCCCUGUUAUACCAAAGCCACUUCCUACUCCCACUAUACCAGCUCCUCGUACUCCUAUCUCGACUCCAACUUAUUACAACAAAAAAUGCCCACAGGAUGCACUUAAACUAGGAGUAUGUGCAAAUGUGCUUAACUUGGUUGAUGUUGUGGUAGGAUCUCCUCCAACGCUUCCAUGUUGCAGUCUCAUCCAAGGCCUUGUUGAUCUCGAGGCGGCCCUCUGUCUCUGCACCGCCAUUAGGGCCAACAUUUUGGGUAUUGACCUAAAUGUUCCUGUUGCACUGAGCUUGGUUCUCAAUAAUUGUGGAAGGGAAGUUCCAAACGGUUUUCAGUGUUACUAAAUAUCAUAUGGGGAUCAUGUUUCUGAGCUUAAUUUUCUCGCUGUAAUUGUAUUUCAUUAAUUAAAUGUAAUGAAGGAAUCAAAAAUUUUUUAUUUUUUUUUAAAGUUGUAAUUGUCCUAAGAUUUAUUUUACACGAAGACAAAAGACUGAUUAUGGAGAUGAUAUAUAACCGUUAUUUUCUGUUUGUAAUAUGUAUGAGGCACACAACUUCUCCCUGCAGAGUUUACUAGGUACAAUUGAAUCCUCUGCUGGGGUAUGCAGCAGCAGUCAAAGAAAAUCUGUGCCUAAAGUUUUUACUGCGGUGGUGGAUGGAUUAAUGUCCAAUCUUGUAGCUGCCACGCCAAAGUUAAAUGGUUACUUUGUCUAGCGGCAACAAUGUCUGAAGUAGUUGUUUUGCUUACAAAUGAUGGUUUCAUUGGCCAAAAGGUACCAGGAAAAUCCACUAUAUUCUAGUUAGUAUGUGAAUGGGACAAGAGGAAGCUCCUCUACUACCAUAAUCAAAUUCGACAACAUACCAAAAGAUACAAAGUUUCUAAGCUUGUGAAGCUUAGGGGAACAAAGAGAACUAUUUAACUGAGACACGAUGCCUUUAGUGCCAGUUACAGCGUUAAUGCAGCUACGUUUUGUUACAAAAUUUGGAAUCUUUGUUAUUGUUUGUAUUGGAAAAUGUCGA